UUCUUUUCUUUUUUUUUUUUUUUUUUUUAAGAAUUCUGCUAGGAAAAGCUGAGAAGAGUUUCCCAGACUAAAGGGAACGGUUUGAACAGAGGAGCAGGGGUCACAAGCCACGUGGGGUGGACAGUGCACCUGCAAGCGGUUUGGGAAGGAGGCGUGGCAGGUGAUGAGCUCCUUGGGCUUUUUUCCUUUGUUAGAAAAGGCUUAGCGACCGUUGGCACAAAAGGACACCUCAGCGUUGCGGAUCUGAGAGGAGACGGCCCGGGCAAGAAGUGGCGAGCGUCCAUUGGUGACCCCACUAACCGCACUGGGAAGAAAGGCCUGGGGCGGGGAAGGCGGGGCUGGCAAUAACGUGGAACACCGGCGUGCGCACGCGCAGCAUCCCGGGCGGGCGUUUGCCAGAGGCUGACAGUCGCGCAUGCGCCCUUCGUUGGCGGGAGUUUCGGACGCCGCGGCGAUGACGUAGACGGCGGGCUCUCCACCGGACUCACACCUGGGAGGACAGCGGCCGCGGCUCAGAGUUCUCCACUCAGAAUGGCUUCAGUGGCGAGAUCAGAGGUGGUAGAAGAAGAGGUGCCAGUGACGUCUGAUGUCCGUCCUCGUCCGUUGGAAUCAAGUGUCAAUCCCACGGAAGUGGUUGCCGAGUCAGCUUCCUCCCAGGAGGUGAAUCAGGAUGUUUCCAAGGAAAGAAUUCAUCCUGGGUCUAGCCCUGAAAAAUGGUCAAGUGGCGACCUCAGCCGCCAGGAAGGCCUUCAGUCAGAGUUCCUGCACCUGUCCCCUCAAGAGCCCUCAUCUUCCUCUCGUCAAGCUAGGAGACAGUCCUGGCGGCGAUCAAGUAUGAAGGGAACGAACCGGCGGAAGUCCCUGGCCCCGUUUCACCAGGGCAUCACAGAGCUCAGCAGAUCCAUCAGUGCCAGCCUGGAUGAGAGCAAGCGGCUCGGCUGUCUCCUGCGCUCCAGUUUCCAGUUCGCUGUUGAGAAGCUUGAGCCUUUCCUGAAGGACACCGAGGGCUUCAGUCUGGAAAGUUUCAGGGUGAAAGUGUCUUCUCUUUCCGAAGAAUUGAAACAGUUCACAGACAAACUAGAAAGUGAUGGGACUCUACAAAAAUGUUUUGAGGAUUCACAAGGAAAAAUGUCAGAUUUAUCUCUGGAGACUUCAGUGGCUGAGAUGAAGGAAUAUAUAGCAAAAUUUUCUUCAGAACGCGAAACAUGGGAUCAGCUCUUGCUGCACUACCAGAAGGAUGCUCAGGAGACCGUAUCCAGAGGAUCAACUGAAAGCAAAAUUACUGAAGUCAGAGUGGAUGCUGCGGCAUAUCUUGGGUCUUCGCAGAGUGAAGUUCUCAAUUCAAAACCCGACUACCAAAACAUCCUGAAGGACCAGAACAGAACUGUUGAUUGUGUAGAAUUGGUGAUGGACGAGCUGCAAGGAUCCAUGUGGCAGCUACGGGCCUUCAUGGAUGAGAGUACCCAGUGCCUCCAGAAGGUGUCAGUGCAGCUCGAGAAGAAAAGCACGCAACAGUUAGAUUCCUCUCCAGCUCGGAAGCUGCUCAAACUUCACCUGCAGAACCCGCUGGCCACGAACUGUUCAGGGCCUCACCAGUGACCUCAGGUGGCCAGAGUAGCCCAGCACCUGGCGGCCUUGUGGCAGGAGAUUGCCCUGUUGCUCCUGAGAAUAAUGGGAAGACUGUGGGACACCUGGUCUUUUUCUGAAAGUGAUGAAAUUAUGCAUUCAGAAAAAUGCUGUAGAGAUCCUUUUCCAAAAAUAUGCACAAUGCCUAAAAUUUCUUGUUUUAGGUCACCAUGGGAACUACAGGCCCAGUUUCUCAGAUAUCCUACCUUGUUAGAAAUCUUCAUCCUGUUCCUUGGUUUUGAUGCAAUCCAGAGGUCUUAAGGGCCAAGUACAGUGAAACGUUUUAGGGGCUGAGUUGGGCUCUGGUCGUAGAGGAAUGAGACUGGUUUUCCGAUGCAGCACUGCAGGCGCUCGGAGGUGAGAGGUUGAGUCUCCUCUGCUUUGUUGGGAAGUACUUGUCUCUGUGCAAAGUAUCCAGUUAAAGGCAACUCCGUUCAUUCUCUGUGUCUCCAUAUUGUCAGUGCUUUCAUUUUUAAUGGUUGGUUGGCUGUUAAAAUAGCGAAUUGGCCUGAAUUCUGAAUUCAUGGCAAGAAGGAGCUCAGUACUGCUCUUAAUUGUUCUUUGUGAGUAAGCUACAUUGUACAAAUGCAUGCAAAUAAAGCUUUCCCUU